CUCCUCCCACUCUGCGGGUCCGGGGUUAGGGGUCAGGGUCGGGGUCGGGAUCCGGGUCGGGCGUGUUUCUGAGACUGCCCUCUCCCCUGCCCGGCGCCCAGUCUCCUUGCGUAAGGGCCCCGGCCGCAGGCGGUUGAGCGCCCCUUGGAGGCCGCGGAGGGCAGCGGCGGGGCCGCCGGGCUGGGAGUGCGCCCUGCUCCGCCUCCGCCCCUCUGGGCCUGUUUUCUUGCCCGCCCCGGCACCAAGGCCGCGCCACUUCCGUUCUGGCAGUGAUGCCGCCGGGGCCGUGGUGGCUGGUGCUCUGGCUGCCGCCCCUGGCCACGCUGCCCGCGGGCGCCGUGCGCGACGAGGAGGCGGCACUGUCAGCUCCAAGAUGUAAAUCUUUGAAGGAAAUGGAUGUAAUUAAAACUUCUGUGUCAGGCUGUUACUGCUACAAUCAAAAUUCCCAUAUAGAGUGGACAUAUAUUUGGUCAACUGUGCAGGUGAAUGUUUCCAGUCCAGGCCUGCUCAGUAUUGUAUACAUCACUGGAAGUCAUAGUUGCCAGUAUCCAGAAAGCAUUCUAUCAUUUAUCAAAUGUGUGAUUCAUAACUUUUGGGCACCAAAGGAGUCUAAUGAAGUAACCAUAGUCUUCAGUCCUUAUGGAGAAACUGUAUGCUUCUCUGUGAAGCCUGUCAAGAAGAUAUUUACUUACACAGUAAGCGUGAAUCGAAACAUUGUGGAUUUCAGACUCUUCCUUGUGUUUGUGGGAGGCAUUUUCCUUUUCUUUUAUGCAAAGACCUUGAGUCAAAGCCCUGUUUUUUAUUACUCUUUGGGGACCAUGUUAGGUGUUCUGAUGACAUUAGUCUUUGUCCUUCUGAUGGUUAAAAGAUACAUACCAAAGUAUAGCACCUUUGGGGCGCUAAUGGUUGGUUGUUGGUUUGCUUCAGUUUAUGUUGUAUGCCAGUUGAUGGAAGAUCUGAAGUGGCUGUGGUAUGGAAACAGAAUAUAUAUAUUAGGCUAUGUUUUGUUGGUUGGAAGUUUUAGUUUUGCUGCCUGUUACAAACAUGGGCCUCUUACUGAUGAGAGGAGCAGAAGUCUUCUGCUGUGGGCACUGCGGUUCCUCUCCCUGAUUCUGGUCUACGCUGGUGUGGCGGUGCCUCAGCUUGCAUAUGCCAUUAUGAUCCUCCUCGUGUCUUCCUGGAGUCUGCGCUAUCCACUGAGAGCAUUCAGCUAUAUGACGUGGAAAAUGAAGCCAUGGUUUACAUCAGAACCACUUUUGGUAAAGUAUCUCACUGACGACGAGUACAGGGAACAAGCUGAGGCCGAAACAGCCAGCGCUCUGGAGGAACUGCGCAGUGCCUGCCGUAGGCCCGACUUCCCUUCCUGGUUGGCUGUCUCUAGACUCCAGGCUCCUAAAAAAUUUGCAGACUUUGUUCUUGGAGAUAAUCAUUUGUCACCUGAAGAAAUCAGUACACAUGAAAAACAGUAUGGCCUUGGGGGAGCCUUCCUGGAAGAGCAGCUCUUUAGCCUACAGACUGAUAGUCUACCAGCAAGUUGACUUCUCUGGACUCAAGAAAGUGAGUAAAUGAUGCAAUAUGGCUGGACAGAGCAUUUCUGAGGAACAAUGGAUUCGCAUGCCCUGAGGAGAAGAAAUGAGCCAUACUAGAAAGGAAACUAAACUGGGUUGAAGGGAACUUACUCUUGGCAGGUUCUGCUACUUACUGUACUGUAAGUGGGCAUGAAGAUUCUGUGAGAACCAGUGCCACUUUCCUUGAAUGAAGACCUUCAUUCGAACAAGGGAAACAUGCUUUGUGGGACCAGAAGCAUGGACAGAUGCCUGCUCAGCAUCAGGCACGAAUUCCUCCCAUAAUUCCCUGAGCCUGGGUCAUUCUGAACCUGCAUUAUUUUCCUCCAUUUCACUGAUAUCAGUGCAGGGAGAACACUGAGAUAUCCUGAACCAGUGUUUUCUACAGUAUAGUCCACAGGAUACUAAAUGCUAGGAAAGGAAUCCUGAUGUCAACUGCAUUUGACUGAAAGUUAAAUACACUGUGGGUUUCUCAGAGCCUUUAGGGAGACUGAAGCAUUGUGGAUCUCUGAAGAGGCAGACAUCAUGUGCAAGGUUCUUAAUUUGACCACAGGUUCUUUUUCAUGAGAUUAAUAAUCCUUAGAAUGCAUGUUUGGAAAAUGCUAGUGAUGAUGUAAUUUAAGUUUGGGGAGAAGGCAUUACACAUCUUGCCCAAGAGCACAGAACUGCUUGCAGCAACUUUGACUGCAGUCCAGCCCUGCCGUGUCCUGAUACUCAGGUAUAAGACACUUCUCCUGGGGCAGGCCCAGGGUCUUCUCCCCACAGCCUCAGUCUGACAGUAUUGAUACUUUUUAAUUUUUAAAAUAAUGGCCAACUAGCUAUUUAAUAAAUGUGAUUAGAAGAAACAUUUCUUCAGAUCAUAAAGUUUUGAUAAGAUUUAUACAUAUAUACAUGAAGUUUAAAAACUAGAAUGACUUUGUGUACUUUUUAUAUAUUGAAAUUGAAGGCAUACAACCUUUUGUGACAUUUUAAAGUUAAUUUUUUAAAUUGACUAUAUGUUUACAAAAUCAACUUGUGCUAUUUUUUAUAGAGAGCAUAUCUGCUUCUUGAGUAUUGAUACACUCCAGAGUGAAAUGAGCCACUAACUUUGUGUCUACCCUGAGGAAAGGAACCAAAGACAGGUCAAAUGCAGGUGCUUUUUGUCACUGAUGUAAAAAAUGGGAAAUCCUCUUUUAUCAAUAUAAGUGCAAUGAGGCAGGAAUAUAUAGUUCGUCACUGUCACUUUCCUGAGAGUGACGGUUUGGAAUGUUGAUUGACCGUCAAUGUUGCUUCCUCUUUGAAGUAACAUGUCAGUGUUUACAGAUCUGCUUUUGUCAGAUAUCUUUAACAUUAGGAGCCUUUUCUUUUCUUUAGAAACUUUACGCAGCUCAAUCUGUGCCUUUACAUAGACUGAUCUUAAAAAGUCAAAGAAUGUGCUUCCAUUCAGUUUGAUGUCAAUAACUUUUUCAGGUAUAAACAGGGGUUCUCACAUCUUGUUACAGUUUAAUCUGGGUCUCAGUUUUUGUAAUAUUAUUUAUUGGUGAUGCAUUAUAAUAUGUUGGAGGUGUCAGUGCUGUGCUCAGCAAGCUCACCUGUCAGUAAGCAGUUUGUAGUAUAAAGUAUGUGUGUGAAUAACACACGAACACUAGCUGAUCCACCAGGAGAGUGGCCUCCAGCCUCCCCUGAGCCAGGUGAACAGAGAUUGUGCUGAAAGAAAGCAGCUGUGUAGCCAGGAAGCCAGUAGAACCGCAAUGAAAACAGCCACAGAGAGUUUUCUAGGAUAUAUUUUCUGCUUAUUUUUAGAGGAAACAAUGGAUCUGCCAGUUUGUUAUGUCACAACUGUGAGAAGCUAAACAAUUAAAACAAUUCUGGUGAAAUUCUUUCUGUGUUUGUAUUGCUUUCCUCUGAUUCCGGGUUUGUUAACACCCAUCACAGUUCUGAUCCUCAACAGCAAUGUACAGAUUCUUCCCUUCUGACCUUGUGGCAUUCCCCUUUUUCUCUCAUCCUCUUCCCUUUCUCUUCAUAAAGAUCUGGGGGCUGGAGAGAUGGCGCAGUGGUUAA